UUGCACACAAAAACAGUUUGUUUAGUUUUUUAAAAACAAGUAAUAAAACAAAAUGGGGCCACCUAUUAAACGCUAUAGGCGUUCCUCGAAAUCAUCCGAUGAUGAGGAGCAAGAUGACAGCUAUGUACCCUACGUACCGGUCAAGGAACGCAAGAAACAGCAUAUGGUGAAACUGGGCCGCAUCGUUCAAUUGGCAACAGAGACAACACAACCAAAGUCGUCCAGUGAGAAUGAGAAUGACGACGACACACAAGGAGCCCAGGAUGCAGAGACUUGGGGCCGCAAAUAUAACAUUAGUUUACUGGAUCAACACACAGAACUCAAGAAAAUUGCUGAAGCCAAAAAGCUGAGCGCCGUGGAGAAACAGCUGCGAGAGGAAGAGAAAAUCAUGGAGAGCAUCGCCCAACAAAAGGCGCUGAUGGGUGUCGCGGAGUUGGCUAAAGGCAUACAGUAUGAAGAGCCCAUUAAGACCUCAUGGCGACCGCCUCGUUACAUUGAAGCAAUGUCCGAGGAGAAACGCCAAGCUAUACGAAAGCAACUACGAAUUUUGGUUGAGGGCGAGAAUCCUAGUCCGCCAAUAUGUAGCUUUCGUGAGAUGAAGUUCCACAAAGCCAUACUCAACGGUCUGGCCGCCAAGGGUAUAAAGAAGCCAACACCAAUCCAAAUACAGGGUCUACCAACAGUGCUGGCUGGCCGUGAUCUCAUUGGCAUUGCGUUUACUGGCUCUGGAAAGACAUUGGUCUUCGUGCUGCCCGUCGUCAUGUUUGCGCUGGAACAAGAGUAUAAGCUGCCAUUUGAGCGCAACGAGGGUCCAUAUGGCCUCAUCAUAUGUCCAUCUCGUGAGUUGGCCAAACAAACGCACGAGAUCAUCCAGCACUACAGUAAGCACCUGCAGAUGUGCGGCAUGCCAGAGAUACGUUCCUGCCUUGCAAUGGGAGGACUGCCUGUCAGCGAAGCCCUAGAUGUCAUAUCGCGAGGCGUGCACAUUGUUGUGGCAACCCCGGGAAGACUUAUGGAUAUGUUGGAUAAGAAAAUAUUAACGCUAGACAUGUGCAGAUAUCUGUGUAUGGACGAGGCAGAUCGGAUGAUAGAUAUGGGCUUUGAGGAGGAUGUGCGAACAAUAUUCUCCUUCUUCAAGGGACAGCGUCAAACGUUGCUCUUCUCAGCCACUAUGCCCAAGAAGAUUCAGAACUUUGCACGCUCAGCGUUGGUCAAGCCAGUGACCAUUAAUGUGGGUCGAGCCGGUGCUGCCUCAAUGAAUGUUACACAGCAAGUGGAGUAUGUGAAACAGGAGGCUAAAGUGGUUUAUCUGCUAGACGUUUUACAGAAAACUGCACCGCCUGUGCUGAUAUUUGCGGAAAAGAAGCAGGAUGUGGACUGUAUACACGAGUACCUGCUGCUCAAGGGUGUCGAGGCGGUGGCGAUACACGGCGGCAAGGAUCAAGAGGAGCGAUCGCGUGCCGUUGACGCGUAUCGCAAAGGCGAAAAGGAUGUAUUGGUUGCGACGGACGUUGCCUCCAAGGGUCUCGACUUUCCAAAUGUGCAGCAUGUCAUCAACUAUGACAUGCCCGAUGACAUUGAAAACUAUGUGCAUCGUAUUGGUCGUACGGGUCGUUCGAAUACUAAAGGAUUAGCCACCACCCUGAUAAACAAAAUCACAGAACAGUCUGUACUGUUGGAUCUGAAGCACUUGCUCCUCGAGGCCAAGCAGGAGGUGCCCGAGUUUCUGGACGAAUUGGCGCCCGAGGCGGAGCACCAACACUUGGAUCUGGGAGAUUCGCAUGGCUGCAGCUACUGUGGUGGCCUGGGCCAUCGGAUCACCGAAUGUCCCAAGCUCGAGGCAGUGCAAAGCAAGCAGGCCUCGAACAUUGGACGUCGUGACUAUCUAUCUAACACAGCCGCCGAUUACUAAACUUAGAAGACUUUACUAAUAUUUUGACGAUUUCACUUGAAUAAAACCGGGAUUUCAAUGGAAGCAAAUGCAUACUGUAAAUGUGUACCUUUUAACCUCAUUUCUGAGAACA